CUGGAUGCUGACAAUUAUGAGACUGACCCAGAAUUAGCAAAAAUUCGUAAGGAGAAGAACUAUUCUUGGAUGGAUAUAAUAACAAUAAGCAGAGAUAUGCUGCCAAAUUAUGAAGAGAAGAUAAAAAUAUUUUAUGAAGAGCACUUACACCUGGAUGAUGAGAUUCGCUACAUCCUGGAAGGAAGUGGAUAUUUUGAUGUUCGUGAUAAAGACGAUAAGUGGAUCCGGAUUGCUAUGGAGAAGGGCGACAUGAUCACACUUCCUGCUGGCAUCUAUCACCGAUUUGCACUGGAUGAAUCUAAUUAUGUCAAGGCAAUGAGACUGUUUGUUGGAGAACCAGUGUGGAUUGCUUACAACAGACCAGCUGACCAUUUUCCUGCUCGAGCACAGUACCAACAGUUUUUGUCACAAAUGGUACAAUAAACCAGUAGGACAUGAGGCAUGGAACCACCUGCAACAUCUGUAACAUUAAAAUGGCAAAGUGGUUAUGUUAACAGCAUCUGCAGGUGAUAAAUCUUUGAUUUCCCCUCUCUCAAAUAUGAAUUUUUAAUAUCAAAUUUUGUCCUUGGAUGAAUGGAUUUUUACUUACAAUAGUGAUUUAUGUAGUUUGCAGAUCUCAGUUGAGAAUAUCAAUCCUUGCUCCUCUUACAAGCAAUACUUACCUGAUUCAUUCCUGCAUUAACUGAAAGCAUUAUUAUUUUUGAUUGUUGCUUUAAUGUGGUAAUGAUAAUAAAAUAAUAUUCUAUCUUU